CGGCGCGCGCUGCGGAGGCUCCAAGAUGGCGACGGCCGCAGUUCCUCCUGCUGCAGCCUCCCCACCUCUGCAGUCCGGCGGCGCCUGCAGGGACUCUCGCUAGGACCGGGCAAGAAGUUUGACUGUCUUGGGUGCUAUAUAAAUAAAGAAGUUGCUGCAGGAUGAAAAGAUGGCAGCUCUGCUUAAUGCACCACCUGGCCCUCAUAGCUUCAAAGCAUUUACUCGGGAAUCAUUGGCUACCAUUGAAAAACGCAUAGCUGAAGAAAAGAAGAAAAAGCCACCAAAGCCAGACAGUAGCCACAGAGACGACGAUGACGAUAAUAAACCAACACCAAACACUGACCUAGAAGCAGGCAAAAAUGUGCCGUUUAUCUACGGCGAUGUUCCUUCGGAAUUUAUUGCUGUGCCAAUCGAAGACUUAGACCCUUUUUAUUUAAACCAGAAAACCUUUAUAGUUCUAAACAGAGGAAAAACAAUCUUCAGAUUUAGUGCCACGCCUGCCUUGUAUAUUAUAAGUCCUUUUAACCUAUUAAGGAGAAUAGCUAUUAAAAUUUUGAUACAUUCAGUAUUUAGCAUGCUCAUUAUGUGCACUAUUUUGACCAACUGCGUAUUCAUGACUUUUAGUAAUCCCCCGGACUGGUCUAAACAAGUGGAGUAUACCUUUACGGGAAUUUAUACGUUUGAAUCGCUUGUGAAAAUCAUUGCAAGAGGCUUUUGUAUAGACGGUUUUACAUUUUUGCGGGAUCCAUGGAAUUGGUUAGAUUUCAGCGUUAUUAUGAUGGCAUAUGUGACAGAGUUUGUGGACCUUGGGAAUGUCUCAGCGCUGAGAACAUUCAGAGUUCUCCGAGCUUUGAAAACUAUCUCUGUCAUUCCAGGUCUGAAGACCAUUGUGGGUGCCCUUAUACAGUCUGUGAAGAAAUUGUCGGAUGUAAUGAUUUUGACAGUGUUUUGCCUCAGUGUCUUUGCUUUAAUCGGUCUACAGCUUUUCAUGGGUCAUUUAAAGCGGAAGUGUGUUGUUUGGCCAAUCAACAUGGACGAACAAUAUUUGGCCAAUGGCAGCAAAGGUUUUGACUUUGAUGAAUACAUUAACAAUGACACAAACUUUUACACAGUUCAUGGAGCGAUUGAUCCAAUACUCUGUGGCAAUGGUUCGGAUGCAGGGCAAUGUCCAGAGGGAUACACAUGUAUGAAAGCAGGCAGGAAUCCAAACUUCGGCUACACAAACUUUGAUACGUUUAGUUGGGCCUUUCUGGCCUUAUUUCGCCUUAUGACUCAGGAUUAUUGGGAAAACUUGUACCAGUUAACCCUUCGUGCUUCUGGAAAAACAUACAUGAUCUUCUUUGUUUUGGUCAUCUUUGUUGGCUCUUUUUACCUGGUGAAUUUGAUUCUGGCUGUAGUAGCUAUGGCAUAUGAAGAACAAAACCAAGCAACAUUGGAGGAAGCAGAACAGAAGGAACAUGAAUUCAAAGCGAUGCUGGAGCAGUUGAAGAAAAUUCAGGAAGAUCAGGCAGCAGCAAUGGCUACCUCCGCUGGUACGGUUACUGAAGAUGCUGUGGAAGAUGAAGAAGGGGAUGCCAGGAUGUCCCAGACAUCUUCAGAACUGUCCAAAUUGAGUUCUAAGAGUGCAAAGGAAAGAAGGAAUCGCAGAAGGAAAAGAAAACAGAAAGAACUAUCUGAAGGGGAGGAGAAAGGAGACAAUGAAAAGGUGUAUAAAUCCGAAUCUGAAGACGGUAUGAGAAGAAAGGGUUUUUGGUACCCUGACACCAGGCUGGGAAGAAAAUUUUCAAUCAUGGAUCAGUCUCUACUCAGCAUCCCAGGCUCUCCUUAUCUGUCUAGACAUAACAGCAAAAGCAGCAUCUUCAGUUUUCGGAGAAGUUUUAGAGAUCCUGUCUCUGAAAAUGAGUUUGCAGACGAUGAACAUAGUACAGUGGAGGAAAGCGAAGGCAGACGAGACUCCCUGUUCAUCCCGGUCAGACACAAUCGGACGAACAGUUACAACAGUGGGUACAGCCAGGGAAGCCGAUCAUCCCGCAUUUUCCCUAACAUGCGAAGAAACGUUAAACGGAGCAGUGCUGUGGAUUGUAAUGGCGUGGUCUCAUUAAUUGGUGGUCCGGGUGCCAAUAUCCCUGGUGGACGUCUUCUGCCUGAGCCUACAACAGAAGUGGAAAUUAAAAAGAGACCUUCUGGAUCUCUCCGGGUGUCCAUGGACCAACUGAAUGCAUUAUUCUCAAAGAAGAACAGAGCCAACAGUGUUUUGAGUGUUCUCACACAGACCCUUGUAGAAGAACUGGAAGAAUCUCAGAAGAAGUGUCCACCGUGGUGGUACAAGUUUGCCGACACAUAUUUGAUAUGGACGUGUUGUCCUAUGUGGGUAAAAUUCAAGAAAAUAGUAAACCUGAUUGUAAUGGAUCCCUUUGUGGACUUGGCCAUAACCAUUUGCAUUGUCCUCAAUACUUUAUUCAUGGCUAUGGAACACUACCCAAUGACAGAAGAAUUUGAAAGCAUAUUAAUUGUGGGAAAUCUGGUUUUUACUGGCAUUUUUACAGCAGAGAUGUUUUUAAAACUUGUAGCAAUGGAUCCAUACUAUUACUUUCAGGAAGGCUGGAACAUUUUUGACAGCUUUAUAGUGUCUCUCAGUUUAAUGGAGUUGGGUCUUCAGGAUGUGGAAGGACUUUCAGUGCUGCGUUCUUUUCGAUUGCUGAGAGUCUUCAAGCUAGCCAAGUCCUGGCCUACACUAAACAUGCUGAUUAAAAUCAUCGGGAACUCUGUUGGUGCCUUGGGUAAUCUGACUGUGGUGCUCGCCAUCAUUGUUUUCAUCUUUGCUGUGGUGGGAAUGCAGUUAUUUGGGAAGAAUUACAAAGACUGUGUCUGCAAAAUAAACCCAGACUGCGUGCUACCACGUUGGCACAUGCAUGAUUUUUUUCAUUCCUUCCUUAUUGUUUUUCGAGUGUUGUGUGGAGAAUGGAUUGAAACCAUGUGGGACUGCAUGGAGGUCGCAGGACAGGCAAUGUGUCUGGUUGUCUUCUUGAUGGUGAUGGUCAUUGGUAACUUAGUGGUAUUGAACCUGUUUCUUGCUUUGUUGCUGAGCUCUUUCAGUGCAGAUAAUCUGGCUGCCACAGAUGAUGAUGGGGAAGUGAACAACCUUCAGAUAUCGGUCAUGCGAAUAAAAAAAGGGAUAGCUUGGAUUAAAUCAAUCGUACGCAACUUUAUGCAAAAGCACUUUAAAAAGAAAAAUGCUGAUGAGAAACCUUUGGAUGACAUGUAUGAGAAAAAAAGCUGCUUAGUUAAUCAUGCAGGGGUGGACAUCAAUCGAGAUAUGGAAUAUCAGAAGAAUGGCAAUGGCACAACCAGUGGUAUUGGAAGCAGUGUGGAGAAAUACAUCAUAGACGAGGAUCACAUGUCUUUCAUAAAUAACCCAAAUCUCACAGUCAAAGUGCCCAUUGCAGUAGGAGAGUCUGAUUUUGAGAAUCUCAACACCGAAGAUAUCAGCAGUGUAUCUGAUGAAGAAAAAAUGGAUGACACCAGCUCCUCAGAGGGAAGUACUGUUGACAUAAAACCAGAAGUAGAAGAAGUUCCAGUGGAACAGCCAGAAGAAUAUCUAGAUCCAGAUAACUGCUUUACAGAGGGCUGUGUAGCACGUUUCAAGCAUCUGGAUUUCAGCAUAGAAGAUGGGUGGGGAAAGCGAUGGUGGACCCUGCGGAAAACCUGUUUUCUUAUAGUGGAGCACAACUGGUUUGAAACUUUUAUCAUCUUCAUGAUAUUGUUAAGCUCCGGGGCUCUGGCAUUUGAAGACAUCUACAUAGAACAACGCAAGACAAUUCGUACAAUUCUCGAGUAUGCAGAUAAGGUUUUCACUUACAUUUUCAUCCUGGAAAUGUUGCUGAAAUGGCUGGCGUAUGGAUUUGUCAAGUUCUUCACCAAUGCCUGGUGCUGGCUAGACUUCCUCAUUGUUGAUGUCUCUUUAGUAAGUCUUGUAGCUAAUGCCCUGGGCUACUCGGAACUAGGUGCCAUUAAGUCCCUUAGGACCUUAAGAGCUUUGAGACCCCUAAGAGCCUUGUCACGAUUUGAAGGGAUGAGGGUUGUAGUCAACGCUUUGGUUGGUGCAAUUCCUUCCAUUAUGAAUGUUUUGCUGGUUUGCCUGAUCUUCUGGCUGAUUUUCAGUAUCAUGGGUGUCAACCUGUUUGCUGGCAAAUACUACUACUGUUACAACGAGACAGCAGAAGACAGAUUCCCAAUAGACGUAGUAAACAAUAAGACAGAUUGUGAAUACCUUAUGAAUCAAAGCAAUUCGGAAGUCAGAUGGAAAAAUGUAAAGAUAAAUUUUGACAACGUUGGAGCUGGAUACCUUGCCUUGCUUCAAAUAGCUACGUUUAAGGGAUGGAUGGAUAUUAUGUAUGCUGCAGUGGAUGCCAGGAAGGUCACCCAACAGCCACACUAUGAAGACAGCCUCUAUAUGUACAUUUACUUUGUCAUUUUUAUCAUCUUUGGCUCUUUCUUUACACUAAAUUUAUUCAUUGGUGUCAUCAUUGAUAACUUCAAUCAACAAAAGAAAAAGUUUGGAGGUCAGGACAUCUUCAUGACAGAAGAGCAGAAAAAGUAUUACAAUGCAAUGAAGAAAUUGGGCUCAAAGAAGCCACAGAAGCCCAUCCCUAGACCACUGAAUAUGUUCCAAGGAGCCAUCUUUGAUCUGAUCACACAACAAGCAUUUGACAUAAUCAUCAUGAUUCUCAUUUGUCUGAACAUGGUCACCAUGAUGGUGGAAACAGACGAUCAGAGCGAUUAUGCAGAGAAUGUCCUCUACUGGAUUAAUGUAGUUUUUAUUAUCUUUUUUACCACGGAGUGUGUGUUAAAACUGUGUGCAUUGCGGCAUUACUACUUUACCGUUGGAUGGAAUAUUUUUGACUUUGUUGUUGUAAUUCUCUCUAUUGUUGGUAUGUUCCUGGCUGAUUUGAUUACAAAAUACUUUGUGUCACCAACACUCUUCAGAGUCAUCCGUCUGGCUCGUAUUGGCCGUAUACUUCGCUUAAUCAAAGGAGCCAAAGGAAUUAGAACCCUGCUUUUUGCCUUAAUGAUGUCAUUGCCAGCCUUAUUUAAUAUUGGCUUGCUUUUGUUUCUUGUUAUGUUUAUAUUUUCCAUAUUUGGAAUGUCUAACUUUGCCUAUGUGAAGAGAGAAGGAGGGAUAGACGACAUGUUCAACUUUGAGACAUUCGGCAAUAGUAUGAUCUGCUUGUUUCAGGUCACUACCUCUGCUGGCUGGGACGGCUUACUGUUGCCCAUCUUAAACCGUCCCCCAGAUUGUGACAUUAAAAAAGAGAAUCCGGGAAGUCCAAUGCAAGGUGAUUGUGGAAACCCCUCUGUGGGGAUCUUUUUCUUUGUCAGCUACUUAAUCAUCUCCUUUCUUAUAGUGGUGAAUAUGUACAUUGCUAUUAUCCUAGAGAAUUUUAGUGUGGCCACGGAAGAGAGCGCAGAUCCUUUAAGCGAAGACGAUUUUGAAACAUUUUAUGAAAUUUGGGAGAAAUUUGACCCUGAUGCCACACAGUUUAUCCAAUUUAGCAAACUCCCAGAUUUUGCUGAUACAUUGGAGCAUCCUCUGAGAGUACCCAAGCCAAACACUAUUGAACUAAUUGCCAUGGAUUUGCCUAUGGUGAGCGGCGACAGAAUUCAUUGCCUGGAUAUUCUGUUUGCCUUCACUAAACGUGUACUUGGAGAAAGCGGAGAGCUUGAUAUAUUGCGUCAGCAAAUGGAAGAGCGUUUUGUAGCCUCUAACCCUUCAAAAGUGUCUUACGAGCCCAUCACCACUACGCUCAGGCGCAAACAAGAGGAUGUAUCAGCUGUGGUUAUUCAGCAGGCAUACAGACGUCACCUAACAAAACAAGGAUUUGUAUGUAGAAACCCUUCUUCAACUAUAAUGGAGAAUGGGGGAACAAACAUGGAGAGAAAGGAAGGCACCCCUUCUACGGCAUCCCUGCCAUCCUAUGACAGUGUAACUAAACCUGAAAAGGAAAAACAAGAAAGAAUAGAAGAAGCAAUUAGGGAGAGAGCGAAAAAACAAAAAUAUGUCAGGGACUCCAAGUAUUGAAAAAAAAUAACAUUUCACAUUUACAAGCAAAGGUUGUUUACAAAUUUAAUAUAUAAAUGCAGAUCAGCUAUGGAGACAUUUGCCUAAAGAUCAACACCAAACAUUCUGCUUAUUGUGACAUUGUUGCAUUUUAAGGCAGUGACACACCGCCUAGUUAAAAGACUCAUACAAGGAUGUCAUAUUGUUGGGCAGGUGGAUACUGCAUGUCCCCACAUCAAUAAAUGCAACAUAGGAGAAACAACCAGAGCUGCGAGGAAUAGUUUCAUUCUGUAGCAGCCAAAUGGAGUUUUUCUCAUAUUAUUAUGAAAAUCAAAAAAGCACCACUUAGGGGUUUGAUCAUGCAAAACUAUAUUUGCAUUGUUACAUUAGUCAAGCAGCAAAACAAGACAAAAAAAAAAAAAAACACACAAAAAUAUCUGGCAAAAAAAUAAAUAAAACUAAAUUAAAAAGGCAAAAAAAAACAAAACUAAACAUUAUGCCCAUGACGCAUAAUUAUCACAAUUUAUUUAUAUAUCUGCAUACCUUUUCUACACGGGCUUCAUGUGAUUUGGGAAAUGGGAAAAUCAGGUAAUUCUUCAGGCUGAAGGGGCACUUGCUCAGACCGAUUCAAAAAAAAAAAAAAAAAAAUUAAUCAAUUGUGCUCGUUCAAUGCAUAGAAAUGACUUGCAUGAUGGCAUGCUGUGAUCAGGAAUCAUGCAUGAAGACUCAUAAAACACAAAAUAUCAGUACUGUGUCCUCUGCAGUGGGUAAGCCAUAACCCUGAGGCAUGCCACUGAAUACUGAACACUGUAUCUGGAAUAAACCUAUUAUAUAUACCCUUUCACCAAUAUUUACCAAAUCUUCAAUCUUUUACACAUCAUGGCUAGGGAUUAAAGCAAGACAGAACGAUUUGUGUAUGUUUAUUAAAAUCUGUUAAAUAACAUCACUUUUGCACAUAUUACACACAGAUGAAAAGGAUACUAGUUGCUGCUUGAAGUUUCCUGGGGUACUAUAAAACUAGUUACAAGACAAGAAAUAGCUUCUAAUUCUAUGUCACUGUAAACCAAAAUCUAGGGCUUAUGAAAUUCUGCUUUUGUAUUUUGCAAUGUUUUUAGUCUCCAUUCUACAAAGGGCAUAUAUUUAGCAGAAGUAAAGCUGCAAUAUUUAGAAAACUGCUAGAAUAAGGAACGUGACAUAGUACCGUCUGUAUGGCCACAGUUUGCGAAGAAGGUUAUUUUAUUUAGGUUGGAACAAUUCACUGCUUAGCACUUUAAAAUGACAAGUUUGCUCUUUGUUCUCUGUCGUAACAUUUUUUUUAAAGCAAGUUUACUAAAAAGACUAAUACCAUAGUUACCAUGGCGACAAUAAUAACAACCAUAGAUUGCAAGUUAUAAUGCAAUUUGUAAUGAAUAUAGGUUUUUUUUAAGCUGUUACAAUGCAUUGUGCAAAGAGUCACAUCUCACAAAGCACUGCACAUUGCCAAGCCAUCGUCUGCACACCCCUUGUUCAUUUUCACCUUAUAUGUUUUACCAUGGAUCAGCAAUGAAUGUUUAAGAAAGUUUAGUUAAGGAUUCCUAUCCGCCUUCAAUGUUUGUCUUUUACUUUUUGGAAUAAUAAUUGAUAUCAUUUUGAAGUUAUAAUGAGGGCACCUCUGUGGGGCUGCAGUAACAUUAUGCAAAAAAUAUAGCAUGCUGUACUGUUUUUAUAGCUGCUGCUGCUAAAAAUGCUGACGGGUUUGGUGUAAAUGUGGUGUAAGAAGAAAGACGUUCUUGGUGUGGACCAAAAUAGUUGCCUGAUAUUUAACACACAGAAUGCAUGAAAUGCCAUGAUGUAUGUAUAUUAUCAUUUGGUAUCAAUCCGUUCCAAAAAUUUCAAUUGUUUGUCACUAAAGAUCACACCUCUAUGUCAAGCGGAACUUCCUAGUCUGUUUCACAAUCAGUGACAUACUGUACAUGAAUCUGAUAGGGAUGGGAAAAGGAACCUGGAAAGAACAUUUUUAACCAUUUACAGCUAAGAUAGGAUGUAUUAUAAGUCAAAUCCAUACAUAUGUUGUAAACAGCACAAAAAAGCUGAUCAGUGUGGUUCAACCUUUUAAGAGGAUACAUGAUGUAAUAUAUCAUUAUUUUAUUGACCUGUUUUUUUGUAAAUACAAACAAAAAUGACAAAUUAAAUAGAAUGGCUUCUGGCAUAGGCCACUGGCAUCCUUAUGUUUUAUUUUAGCUUUAUUUUAGGAAAUGCCAGAUUACUUUAGCAUGGGAUGUAUAACCCUGAAGAUAGAACCAAACCGUAUUACAAGUCGUUUUUUUCUCAUUCCAGUGUGCAAUAAAUUCUGACCACUUCUAUGCAACAUUUGGCUAAAGAUCAUAUAAAUAUAUUUACGCUGUGAGAAGUGAAGAUGAUUUUAUAAAGCCACUUGCAACAAAUUGCUGAGGCUGAAGAUAAUCACAAAGCUACAUUCUCUCCAUAAAUUAAAUAUAUCCUGCUUUAUUUAAAAUAACAAAUCUGUAGUUAAUUAACUAUCCUAAUUUUUCCCAUCUUAAUCUUAAUUUUAGAAGUACAGUAUAUCCGAUUAAAUGCUGAUUGCUAGCUUUAUUCAUUUGCAGUGCAGAUAGCAGAGUGAGGUCCUCACCAGCAGACAAGGGGCACUGAUCAAUGUGAUGUCUUAUAUCUUUUAUAUGUCUUUCAUUUGGGCAAGGGGAGGGAUGAUGAAAAAUCGAAGCUUCACUAAAUAAAAGAAGUACUAAUGCAUUGUGCAGUCUGUAAUGCAGUGUUUCUCCGAAACUCCAUGAUGGCGAACAGGAAAACAGCUUUUUGUAAAAAUUAAAAAUAAAAGAAAAUAUAAUACUGAAAAAGUUACAGUUUACAGAUUAUUUCCAGGGCUGCAUUCAGUAAUUGGUAAAUUCCAUUACAGGACUGGCAAUGGGACAAGGAUGGCACACUUGACCCCUAAUUCCUCCUGCAUUUACAAUAUGAUGGCUGACACUGAGAGAUAAUAUUGUCUUCCUUUAGUGUUGCGAUUAGUGCAGUCCUCUUGUGACCCUAUGUGGCCAUGUAGCAGAUUACUGGGCAUGUCCAUGAAAGCCAUAUAGCUGAUAUAGUGUAGCAACAAGAUUCCUGGAAACAAAAUAUAGUUACCCUGACUAUAUAACAGAACUUGCCCCCUUAUAUACCUACUCAUAAUAGCAUAUUAUUGGGUAAAUGUUUUGGUAGCUCUAGAUUAUUAUGUGCAUACAGAAGUGUUGUGCCCCCCAACCCCCGUCCCCUUCCCUAAACCAAAUCUCACCAGUCCUCCACUUUAAGGUACUGUCUUGGAACAGCCAAAUGAGCGCAGCAUCUACUUUAUACUGGUCUAACCGACUGUAAAGCAUUUCACAGAUAUUUAUACCUUUUAUGUAACGAUCUCUGCUCACUUUGUCUAUUGCUCUACAUUGCACCGUUGAAAUUAUUAGAAUAAUUAAUUAAACUAGAACAGGAGAUCAUUUCCCUCCAAUUACUCUAAUUAGUUUCUUCCCCUCUUAUUAUUAUUAUUAUUAUUAUUAUUUCUAUAUUGUUUUUGAGACAAAGUGUUAAGUCUAUGUAAGAGGAAACUAGUAAAACUAGAAAAGAAUACUUGUGUAUUAGCAAAAUGCAUGGUGGCUGAUGCUAAUCUGACCCAAUCUUGAUUAAAAAACAAAUGACAUUACUACCACAAGUAAAAAGGACAAUUAAAUAAACAUUAGUCUUUUUAUUGUACAAGAAAA